AUGAUUAGUACUGUUGGAAUGACUCGUAUUAUGCCACUGAUGGAAAAGCUCGAGUCGCUUCUGAAAGAUGACAAACUGAACGAAUGGGCCGUUGGUACAAUAGACAGUGAUAGAGUCUUUGUCAACUCACAGGCUUCAAGUGAAUCUGAAUUAAUAUUUUGUUUUGUUCCGCUAUAUAAUGAUCCAUUUCUAAUAGUUAUCUCAAAUUUGAUAGAGCAAUGUAAAAGGCAAGGUUUUGUAGACGAAUCCGUUUUGCAAAUACAGAAUUAUCUUCAUUCAAGGGUUGGUUCGAUUUUAGCUUUUAAUUGGUUAGAGAGGGAGAUUAAAUUUGAGGUAUCUGUUGCCUCAUUACAGGUUCAACUUAAGGCACCUGUGAUGGCUACAAGCCCUCAAUUAGCAUCUAGAUUAUUUCAAAAAGUUUUGGAAUAUAAUCUAAGAAAAGUCUCCGUGCUUCAAGGAGUUUCUGAUGAUCUUUUGGGUCUUAUAGAUUCCAAGGAUAAGACCAUUGAAUACCUUAGUGAAAAUGUACAAGAACUGGGAGGUGAAAGAAUAAUCGCCAAAUGGGCACCUCAGGGGUCUUACAAUGCUAAAUCUUUGGAAAGGUAUUCACCCCCCUUAGAACUUUUACAAUGUUUAGAGAACUCUGACGAUAUUAUGAAAGUGGCAGAAUCGCUACUAAAGUUAAAACCACAUUUCCGUAACUAUACAAGAUCACCCUCUAAGUCUCCUCGUAAAAGGUAUAGAGAUCUAGGAGCGACAAAUUUGACAAGCAGACUUCAACAAGACCAAACACAAUCCACUGUACUGAGUCCGCCAGACGCCCAGGGUCCCAAGCGUGCCGUUAGCGAUUCACCCAGUAAAAGGCAGAAAUUCGGAAAAGUUAAGGUUACAAAAAAAUGA